AUGCUGGCGCCGAUCAUCACCAAGGACAUGAAGCUGUUUCCGACUCGACCGUUACCGGCCGGAAUCAAGAACGUGCGCAGCCGUGCACAAAGCCUUGACCAAUUCAAUCAGGUGCAGAACAGUGGCAGUGCACGUGGUCGAAUUGUGCCGGUGAAACCACGAAGUUCACAAUCCACCGGCAAUUUACCGGCUGCUGCAGCGGCUACUACUGCUACAACGGUAAACGGUAAUGGUAGUAGUAGUGCUGCUGCUACAGCAUCGGUGUCGUCAUUCACGUCGUCACGCAGCCCCCCAAAAGGGUCCAUCCACCGCAAGACCACGUUGACUGCCAUUCAAGAAGGAGUUGAAAUGGGUCACAGCCAUCAUGUUCAUCGCGUUCGACAUACGGAAAGCCGAUCCGAAAGCAAGCAGCUGCCUUCGGAUGUCCCACGAAGGAACUCGAAGAAAUCUCGCAGCAAACAGACGAUGACGGCCGACGAGAAUGUGACGAAAAACGGUCACUGCGAGAACCGACGUGCGAGCAGCGGUCGUGGUGGUGAUGGUAAUGGUGGUGGCGGAGAUGCCCUGGUCGAGAAAAAAGAGAAGAAGGGUGUCGUAAAAUGGCUAACAUCGGCUUUUCGCAAAUCCAAGGACAAAGACUCGUCGGAUAAUUCCAGUUGCAAUUCUAGCUAG